AUGAGUGUCUCUUUGAGUGUGAUGACAUUCAAUCUUCAUGAUGAUCAACCUGAAGAAAGCCCUAAUUCAUGGGACAAGAGAAGAGAUUUGUGUCUCAGUGUUAUCACCAGUUACUCCCCCAUUAUUCUCUGCACCCAACAAGGUGUGAAGUCGCAAUUAGAUUAUAUUCAGCAGGGUUUGCCAGCUUAUGAUCAAUUUGGCAUAUCAAGAAAAGGUUCUCAGGAUCCCACUGAUCAAUCCUGCACCAUCUUCUACAACAAGGAAAAAGUAGAGCUGCUGGAGGGUGGAACAUUUUGGUUGUCAGAGUCUCCAUCGGUCCCUGGAAGCACGGCAUGGGGUUCUGAAGUUCCUUCUGCCUACACAUUCCAACUGAAACGUGUGGAACCGCCGGGCUUUUCGUUUCAGAUAGUCAACACAAACUUGGAUGAAGUCAGUCCUCGUGCCCGUAGGCGAAGUGCUUUGCUCACAUGGCAACACAUGGCAUCGUUACCUCCCAGCUUGCCCGUUGUGUACUGUGGAGGUUUCAACACACAGAAGGAAUCAACAACAGGAAGAUUUCUGUUGGGCAGAUCCAGAGAGCAUGGUGUGAUAGGGGACAUGAGAGACGCAUGGCCAAGUGCGAGAGUACGAAAAAAUGUAGCCCUCAUAAGAACAUAUCAUGAUUUCAAAGGUGACAAGCAGGGAACGGUCGAGUUCCUGAAGCUAAUAUUCAGAGCGCUGUGCCUCUGCUGGGACAGACAAACACAAGAUCUACACACGGAUUGGAUACUCUACAGAGGUAGGUCUCUAGUUCCUGUAAUGUGCGAGGUGGUAAAUGAUAAGGUCGAUGAGUUAUACCCUUCGUCUCACUACCCUGUGUUUGCUGAGUUUAUGCUUCCUCGAUCUGUAAGAAUGCUUGAACCUACUCCUCCUGUUCCUGCUCCUGCUCAAGAGGAGGAAAGCUAG